AUGGAGGGCAAAGAGGCCGAGUCUUUAGACGCGCUCUUUGCUGUCUUCAAUGACGGAGGCGCACCGACCGGACAGCCACCAGCAGCGGCAACAACGAGGGCUGCUGCUCGUGCUCCUGCUUCGCAUGGUGCUGCUGUUGCUGCUGCAAAGGAAAAGAAAGAAACAGCUGGUACCAGCGGCAAGCGGGCAGGCAGCUCGUCCGAGCAAAAAGCAAGGAAAAAGCGGCGUGGUACUCCCGCUUCCCCUGAGACAUCCCAUGCUGCCCCCAUAGCCGCAGUCAAAAAAUCCGUGGAGGCGUCUGAACCCGAAGCACCAGCGGAGCUGGCUGUUACUUCAGUCAAAGCAGGGGAGACGCAGAGAGCGGAUUCCGAAAUUCCCGUAGUCGAGAAAGCCUUCAGAGAUGCUCCCGUAAGUGAUGGUUUGGUAACCCGCGUGCUGCUGUCUGAUAAGAACUGCCUCCACGAAGUGGUCUAUCCGGAGGGCAGUCCGACGCGAUUCAGAGAUUUCCAGCUGCAGACGACUCUUGCAGCCGAGGAACAUGCAGCAGCCGAUUCAGGAGCAACAGCAGAUCCAAGAACUACGACACCGACUGCCGCACGUCCACCUCCAGAAGACGACAAGACCCUGAACUCUCCCUCCACAGAAGACGCCACAGCACAAGACACAGGCGCAACACCGAGCACUGCGAAUGGGGAGGACCCCGUCUGUACAAUUCCAUCCCUGUCUCCCUCAGCAGAAGCGGCGACAACGGAAGAGCUGCCUCGUGCUGCAGCGAGGCAGUGGAAGUUCGUCCUCGACACCUUUCAGCAGCGCAGUGUGCUGUGCCUUGAAGCUGGCGAGAACGUUUUGGUCGCCGCCCACACGUCUGCCGGAAAGACAGUUGUUGCAGAGUAUGCAAUCGCUAUGGCCUUGAGGGAUAAGCAGCGAGUCGUUUACACCAGCCCUAUCAAGGCACUGUCAAAUCAAAAAUACAGGGAUCUCUGCGAUAUCUUUGGGACUGAAAGCGUAGGGCUCCUUACGGGAGAUGUGUCGGUUCAUCCGGAGGCCUCUAUCGUCGUGAUGACGACAGAAAUUCUCAGGAGCAUGCUCUACAGAGGCUCUAUCCUCCUCAUGUGCGAAAUGCGAAACUAUACGCCAGUCAUCGUGUUUUGUUUCUCCAAGAAAGAGUGCGAAGCGAAUGCGCAGGCACUUAUUGGACGGGGAGACGGCAGCCCUACUGGUAACAGUAGCGGAUCGGUUAGCCUCACGAGUGAAGAAGAGAGAAAACUCAUCGCAGAAAUCUUCCAAAACGCUGUCAAUACGCUUGAUGAAGAGGACAGGCAACUCCCGCAGAUCAAAUCGAUUCUCCCUCUCUUAUUGCGAGGCAUUGGAAUUCACCACGGAGGGCUUCUGCCAUUUGUUAGGGAAAUCAUCGAGAUCCUUUUCCAGGAGUCUCUCAUUCGCGUAUUAUUUAGCACCGAGACGUUCAGCAUGGGGGUGAACAUGCCAGCCAAGACUGUUGUCUUCACUGCUAUUCGGAAGUGGGAUGGAGUCGCGUAUCGGUUGCUUAAUGGAGGGGAAUACAUUCAGAUGGCCGGCAGAGCUGGUAGAAGAGGGCUUGAUGACAGAGGCAUCGCGAUCAUCAUGUUCGAUGAGCAAGUAGAUCCGGAGGAAGCGAAGGGCCUCUUCACGGGCGGAGCUGCCCCACUCAUCUCUUCGUUUCAUUUGGGGUUCAACAUGCUGCUCAACCUAUUUAGGAUUGAAGACGCGGAUCCAGCAUAUAUGAUAUCGCGGAGUUUUGCCUAUUUCCAGCAGCACCGGCGCUCACUUGGACUGCACCAGGAGUUGCAGGAGUUGCAGGAGAAGUUGCAAGCAGCGGCAGACAUUCGCUCCUUGGUAUCCCUGCCCGAGGGCACUAAGGAACCGGACUUUGACGUGGAAGAGGCGAUAUGCAGCUUCUACGGCCGAAAGCAUGAGCUGCUGCAGCAGGGUCGCUUGCUGCGCGCAAUCGCCAUGCAGCCGCAGCACCUCGUGCGAUUUCUGCAGCCUGGUCGUCUUGUGUCUCUUGUGGAGGACGAUGGCACUGAGUGGGGAUGGGCUACUUGCGUUCACAAGCUUCAAAAGCGCAAAGUCCCCUCUACAAACGCGCAUGAAGGUCCUGUCGAGCAGCUGCUAGUGCACUGCCUCAUAGUUCCGUUCAGCGUGUCUUGCGUCUCUCGCGUCAGCAAAUGCAAGAUGUCUCUGCCAGCUGGAGGCGAUGUCGAGUCCGCUGACGCCCGCCGCAGCAUUUGUUUCCAGCUGCAGAUCAUUCAAGACAAGUUCAAGGACUGUGGGGGUUUGCCGUUGCUGGAUCCAGUGGUGGACAUGAAGGUUGAUCAUCCUCAGCUGGCGGAGCUGGUGAGCCGCAUGGCUGCCUCUGAGGCGGCGUUAAAGGAGAAUCCGUUCAACGAGCACCCUCUUUGCGCCCUCUAUUAUGCAGCGCAGCACAGGCGCAUGCAGAUGGAGUCAAGGCUGCGGCACAUUAGGACUGAGCUGGAUGCCCAAAAAGAGACGGCUAUCAAGGACUCGCUGCGGAGCAUGCGCCGUGUACUACACCGUUUGGGAUUUCUUGAGGGAGAGGACGUGGUAACGCUAAAGGGUCGAGUGGCUUGCGAAGUCUCAACAGCCGACGAGCUGUUGGCGUCGGAGCUCCUGUUCUCGAACGCGCUGAAGGAUCUUACACCGGAGGAACUAUGCGCAGUCCUCAGCUGUCUCGUGUGCCACGAGAAACACGAUGAACCUGAGCCAACAGAACCUAGGCUUCUAGCAGGUGUGCAGAAGGUGCGAGAGGUCGCUCGCUAUAUAGCGAGGGUUUUUGUGGAAUGCGGCUACGUGUGGGGCAGUGGGCCUCCCUCAGAGGAGCAGCAGCUGCAGCUGCAGCAGCAGCAGCAGCUGCAGGAAGAGAAGGAGGUUGAGGCUGUGGAGGCCUAUGUCAACAAUUUCAAGCACGCCCUAGUAUCUUUGACGUAUGGCUGGGCAAGCGGCAAGUCUUUUGCUUCUCUUAUAAGGAACACUUCUCUUUAUGAGGGCACUGUAAUUCGCUGCAUGCGAAGACUUGAAGAACUCUUGCGACAGCUCGCGUGCGCUGCAAAGGCGAUUGGGAACGAAGAGCUGGAAGUGAAGUGUGUUUCCGCCAUUAGACAGCUCAGGAGGGGUAUUAUCUUCUCUUCUUCCCUUUACCUCUAA